AUGCUGCCACUCCGCUGCGCUCGGUCGCCAGUGGCGCUGUCGGUUCAAUUGCCCUCCAAGCGCGUAGCCAGCUUCUCCACCUCAGUUUGCCGGCAACAACUCAACUCGGAUGUCAGGAUCACUAGGACUGGAAAGCCUAUUCUGACUGUUUCUGGUGGACGGUCCUCGCUCGGAGGAUACACCGCGACUGUCUUUGGAGCCACUGGCUUCCUUGGACGAUACAUUGUGAACAGACUGGCUCGUUCAGGAUGCACGGUGAUAGUGCCUUUCCGAGAGGAAAUGGCAAAGCGCCAUUUGAAGGUUGCUGGAGAUCUGGGCAGGGUCGUCUUCCUGGAAAUGGAUCUUCGAAACACUCAGUCGAUUGAGGAGAGCGUGCGACACUCUGACAUUGUCUACAACCUUAUUGGCCGUGACUACCCCACCAAGAACUUCGACCUCGAAGAUGUGCACGUUCACGGAACAGAACGCAUCGCGGAUGCCGUUGCCAAGUACGACAUUGACCGAUUUGUUCAUGUCUCUUCGCACAGCGCCCGCCUCGACUCGCCAUCAGAGUUCUACCGCACCAAGGCCAGGGGUGAGCAGGUAGCCCGGUCCAUCUACCCAGAGACGACCAUUGUCCGACCCGCACCCAUGUUUGGUUUCGAGGAUCGUCUUCUUCACCGUCUUGCUUCCCCCACCAACAUCAUCACGUCGAACAACCUUGAGGAGCGUCUCCGCCCGGUUCACGUCAUUGAUGUUGGUAUGGCUCUUGAGCGCAUGCUGCACGACGACACAACUGCUGCCGAGACAUACGAACUCUAUGGCCCUACCGAGUACUCGAUGGCCGAGAUCAACGAGCUCGUAGAGAAGGAGGCGAUGAAGCCGCGCCGCCACGUCAACGUGCCCAAGAAGAUUCUCAAGCCCAUUGCGCACUAUGCGAACAAGCUGCUCUGGUGGCCCAUCCACUCUGCGGACGAGGUUGAGCGCGAGUUCAUCGACCAGGAGAUUGACAAGAGCGCCAAGACGUUCAAGGACCUGGAGAUUGAGCCGGUGGAGCUUAAGAGCAUGACGUUCGAGUACCUCAAGGGCUACCGAAGCUCGAGUUACUACGAUCUGCCGCCGAUGAGCGAGAAGGAGAAGCGGGAGGAGAAGAAGUAUCUGCAUGUCAUUGACGACCAAUAG